GCAGGGACCAUGUCUCCUGCCAUUGCACUAGCAUUUCUGCCACUGGUGGUGACAUUGUUGGUACGAUAUCGGCACUACUUCCGACUGCUGGUGCGCACAGUCUUGCUGAGGAGCCUCCGAGACUGCUUAUCAGGACUGAGGAUUGAGGAGCGAGCUUUCAGCUAUGUGCUCACCCACGCCCUCCCUGGGGACCCUGGGCACAUCCUUACCACUCUGGACCACUGGAGUAGCCACUGCGAGUACCUGAGCCACAUGGGCCCUGUCAAAGGACAGAUCCUGAUGCGGCUGAUGGAAGAGAAGGCCCCUGCUUAUGUGCUAGAGUUGGGCACCUACUGUGGAUACUCCACACUGCUUAUUGCCGGGGCCCUGCCCCCAGGGGGGCGCCUUCUCACUGUGGAGCGUGACCCACGCACAGCAGCAGUGGCUGAGAAACUUAUCCGCCUGGCUGGCUUCGAUGAGCGCACGGUGGAGCUCAUUGUGGGCAGCUCAGAGGAAGUGAUCCCGCACCUACAAGCCCAACAUCAGCUGAACCGGGCAGACCUCGUGCUCCUGGCACAUCGGCCCAGAUAUUACUUGCGGGACCUGCAGCUGCUGGAGGCCCAUGCUCUGCUGCCUGCUGGUGCCACUGUUUUAGCUGACCAUGUGCUCUUCCCUGGUGCACCCCGCUUCCUACAGUAUGCCAAGAGCUGUGGCCGCUACCGCUGCCGCCUCUACCACACUGGCCUCCCAGACUUCCCUGCCAUCAAGGAUGGCAUAGCCCAGCUUACCUAUACUGGACCUAGCUGA